UGCCUCCGGGCUCCUCCGGCCCCGCCAUGGGCUGCUGCAGCUCCGCCUCCUCCACCGCGCAGAGCUCUAAACGAGAAUGGAAGCCGCUGGAGGACCGUAGCUGUACAGACAUCCCAUGGCUGCUGCUCUUUAUCCGCUUCUGCGUUGGGAUGGGAUUUAUUUGUGGCUUUUCAAUAGCAACAGGUGCAGCAGCGAGACUAGUGUCAGGAUACGACAGCUAUGGAAAUAUCUGUGGGCAGAAAAAUGCAAAGUUGGAAGCAAUACCGAACAGUGGCAUGGACCACACCCAUCGGAAGUAUGUGUUCUUUUUGGAUCCAUGCAAUCUGGACUUGAUAAACCGGAAGAUCAAGUCUAUAGCACUGUGCGUGACAGCAUGUCCAAGACAAGAACUGAAAACCCUAAGUGAUGUUCAGAAGUUUGCAGAGAUGAAUGGAUCAGCACUAUGUAGCUACAACCUAAAGCCUUCUGAAUAUACUACAUCUUCAAAAGCUUCUGUUCUAUGCCCCAAACCAGUUCCAGCAAGUGCACCUAUUCCAUUCUUCCAUCGCUGUGCUCCUGUGAACGUUUCCUGCUAUGCCAAGUUUGCAGAGGCCCUGAUCACCUUUGUCAGUGACAAUAGUGUCUUACACAGGCUGAUUAGUGGAGUAAUGACUAGCAAAGAAAUUAUAUUGGGACUUUGCUCGUUAUCACUAGUUCUAUCCAUGAUUCUGAUGGUGAUAAUCAGGUAUAUUUCAAGAGUACUUGUGUGGAUCUUAACGAUUCUGGUCAUACUGGGUUCACUGGGUGGCACAGGGGUACUGUGGUGGCUGUAUGCAAAGCAAAGAAGGUCUCCCAAAGAAACCGUGAUUCCUGAGCAGCUUCAAAUAGCUGAAGACAAUCUUCGGGCCCUCCUCAUCUAUGCCAUUUCAGCCACAGUGUUCACAGUUAUCUUGUUCCUGAUCAUGCUGGUCAUGCGCAAGCGCGUUGCUCUCACCAUUGCCCUGUUCCACGUGGCUGGCAAGGUCUUCAUUCACUUGCCGCUGCUAGUCUUCCAACCCUUUUGGGCUUUCUUUGCUCUUGUCUUAUUUUGGGCAUACUGGAUCAUGACACUUCUUUUUCUUGGCACCGCUGGCAGUGCUGUUCAGAAUGAGCAAGGCUUUGUGGAGUUCAGAGUUUCUGGGCCUCUGCAGUACAUGUGGUGGUUCCACGCGGUGGGCCUGAUAUGGAUCAGCAAAUUCAUCUUGGCCUGUCAGCAGAUGACUGUGGCGGGGGCCGUGGUAACAUACUAUUUUACUAGGGAUAAAAGGAAUUUGCCAUUUACAUCUAUUUUGGCAUCAGUGAAUCGCCUUAUUCGUUAUCACCUGGGUACGGUGGCAAAAGGAUCUUUCAUUAUCACGUUAGUCAAAAUUCCACGAAUGAUCCUUAUGUACAUGCACAGUCAGCUCAAAGGAAAGGAAAAUGCUUGUGCUCGAUGUGUGCUGAAAUCUUGCAUUUGUUGCCUUUGGUGUGUUGAAAAGUGCCUAAAUUAUCAAAAUCAGAAUGCAUACACAGCCACAGCUAUCAACAGCACCAACUUCUGCACCUCCGCGAAGGAUACCUUUGUCAUUCUUGUGGAGAAUGCUUUAGGGGUGGCUGCCAUCAACACAGUGGGGGAUUUCAUGUUGUUCCUAGGCAAGGUGCUGAUAGUCUGCAGCACAGGCUUGGCUGGAAUUAUGCUGCUCAACUACCAGCAAGAUUACACAGUCUGGGUGCUGCCUCUGAUCAUCGUCUGCCUCUUUGCUUUCCUAGUCGCUCAUUGUUUCCUGUCCAUUUACGAAAUGGUAGUGGAUGUAUUAUUCCUGUGUUUUGCCAUUGAUACAAAAUACAAUGAUGGGAGCCCUGGCAGAGAAUUCUAUAUGGAUAAAGUGCUGAUGGAGUUUGUGGAAAACAGUAGAAAAGCAAUGAAAGAAGCUGGUAAGGGAGGCGUUGCUGAUGCCAGAGAGCUGAAACCGAUGGCUUCGGGAGCAAGUUCUGCUUGAACCUAGCCGACCGUUACAGAACCCAUUGACAUU